UACUAUAAUUGCUUUGGUUUCAGAAUAACAGGUGAAUUAAAAAAAGUGUCAAAAUGUUUCAUUGUCUGUGAAUUAAAAAUUGGGUGUAUAUGGUGCACAAAAUAUUAAGGAAAUCCAGUGAUUAUUUGAUUAGAUGGACCAGACCAUUUUGGUGAGAAGAACCUACCUAAUUACAAUCAUUAUUACCAUAGCCAGCCAAUAAUCAUUAUUUAAUUAUUUGCUUAAAUCUUGUCUCAGUGUUGUUGUUUUCUUUUGAAUUUUAACCUACUGAUACCUACUUUCUGUUUCUCUCAACAAUGGUAGAGUUAGAAAAUUUUCAUCAGGUGGGCUAGCUUAAAGAUUUAAAUCUUUAUAAACAAAGAAACUUGAUACUAUAUUUUUUUACAGUAUCAGCUAGCUUAAGAAAAUUUUCAUAACGUGAGUAAAAAACUUUCAUUAUUCAAACAAAUUCAAACUUGUACAUGUACAAGAAGCGAUGAGAAAAAAGAUGUGAGAGAAAAAAUGGUUUGUAAACUGUAUUAUAUAAUUAAACCGAGAAAUUUCAAAUUAAUGACUAAAUAUAUGGUUGGCUACAUUAAAAAAUCACUAAAAAUUACAUGUAAAAUAUUUUUUUUAUUGAAAGCUACCUGGGCCUACGGCCCAAGGUAGCCCUCAAUGUGGCUCCGCCGGUGUCUCUCAAAUGACCAGCAAAGCACUUGCCAGCCUUUCAUGUUUCUCAAACAAUCCAUCCAAACGAAUAUAUAUGAUUGAGUUCUGAUUGCGGAUUGUGCGGUGGAUUUGAAACACGGUCACAUGACAUUAUUAUUUUACUUAAAUUAUAACACGUGAACCUAGAAAUGUGACAUAUCAACCAUGUCGUUCAUCUUUAUUAUAACACGUGAAAUGAUACAUCACAUGACUUGUAUCUCAUAUACCAUAAAAUUAAAGGAGAGCGAAUGGGCUGGUAAAUGAUUGGGGGAGGCAAGGAGGCAUACGCCUCACAUGGCCUGUACAUUGCUGUUUGCAGAUUGAGGGUCCAAACCCCCAAAAAGAAAUCAGACCUAAAUUCAUAAACUGAGAAAAAAGAAAAGAAAUAGAAUUUGUGCCUUGUUAGCCAAAUUUGAUGCAGGAUCUUCUUGCAGGGCGACCCACGUAACAAUCACAUGCAGGCAGUACUGGGUUGUCACCAAAAGAGGACAUAAAUUCAAUCUCAUAAUUUGAUAUUAUAUUAUAGAAAUUUUUUUCAUACUACUUAACAUUAAAUACUAUAAGCAUUGAAUGACUUGAAUUGGUUUUGAUUAUUGCUUUUAUUGUAGUCCUGUGAAUCAAGGUUAUCCAAAACUCAUAGCACCGAAGUGAAAUUCGUUAUAUAUAGAGAUUUUGAGAGUUUGAGGUUUUCCAAUACAGGGUUUGUAUCCAAUUUGUGUAAAAUAUUAGAGACUUUUUACAAAUGCAAAUGGCUGUUUCAUUUGCAUCCAUAGUGCCUGUGAGGUCUAUUAGCCUACCAUCUAGGCUAAACCCUAAAUCCCAAAAAAUUGAGUCAGAUUUAAACAAGUUAAAGACUUCGAAAUUUUCAUGUUCUCUAGUGAAUGAGGAUCUUCUGGUGGGCUUGUCUGGUCUAGCAGAUUUGUACUAUUGCAUUGAGGAACUUGUUCUCUCUCCAGUGACCCAACAAGCACUUCGCCACCAACAGUGCAAAGCACUUGUGGAAGAAGCACUUGAUGGGUCAAUUGGGUUGCUAGACUCAUGUGGUAGUGCAAGAGACAUUCUCUUGACAAUGAAGGAAAAUGUCCAGAACAUCCAAUCCGCAUUCUGCAGGAGGACCGGAGAUUCAAGCAUCGAAACCAGCGUUCAUUCCUACAUUUGCUUCCGAAAAAAGGCGAAGAAGAGCAUUGCAAAGACCCUCAGAGAUUUGAAGAAAAUGCAAACAAAUCUUGGGUCCUUCCAUCUCUUGGAUUGUGACUACAAUGUAUUAAUAGUACUUAAAUUGUUAAAAGAGUUAAGUGAUGUAACAAUUUCUGUAUUUCAAUCCCUCUUCGUGUUUCUAUCCACACCGGUGGCUAGCACAACGGGUAGCAAAUGGUCAUUGGUGUCGAAAUUAAUGGCGGCGAAAUUUGCAGCAGCAGAAAAAGCCCAAAAGGUUUACAAUGAAGUGGGAAGUGUUGAUGAUGCUCUUUGCUCACUCCAUGGAAACAUCAGAAAGAGUGAUGCCAAGAUUGAUGUGCAGGUGGUUCAAUGGAGAGACUAGACACAUUGGAUUGCAGCAUAUCCAACCUUGAGGCUGGAUUGGAAAGAUUCUUCAGUUGCCUAUUGCAACAUAGAGUGUCCCUACUUAAUGUCCUUACACCUUGAGCUCUAUAAGUUAUCUGUAAAGUCAGUCAUGGCACCGACAGUUACAGGAUUGUACCACGUCCAAAAACCAUUUUGUACAAUUAUUCCAAAAUUAUAGAAUUCAAUUCAUAAUAUUAAUUAUUCUUCUCAA